AUGCAAGAUCCAGUUGAGCUCAAUCGAAGCAUACCCUUUCCGAUUCAGACGAAGCGUAAAAAGGCAUGGCUGAUUGUGCCAGAAAACGGAGACUCGAAUAUUGAGGAUCUCGGAAAACAUCUGAUUAUGCGCCGGACAGGAAUCUCGGCCCACGAUUUGAGGGUUCUUGAUCCGGAUCUUUCUUACACUUCCACGAUACUUCGUAGAGAGAGGGCAAUUGUUGUGAGGUUGGAGCAUAUCAAAGCAAUCAUAACGGCGGCUGAAAUUCUUGUUCCCAAUCCGAUCGACCCAACUCUUGAAUCUUUUGUUUGGAAUCUCAAAUGCAGCCUUUUGGGUCUUAAAGGAACUCGGAAAAUUUAG